AUGGGAUCCUCUGUUGUUCUUCAAUUCUUGACCAAUCAAAAAAUUACAGACAAACAAGUUCAUGAAAUAUUGAAAACGCAUCUAAUCAAUGGGGCAUUACUCGGUCCAAUGACUCUCGACGACUUAAAACGUUUGGGUGUACCAGUGGGUUUUACUAAUUCUAUUGUCAAAAAAGUUUCUGCUCUGAAAGAAUUUCAAGCCAAAUGUCUCGACACCAAUUUUCAUGAAAUGGAUGACCUGGCUAUUGAUAUAAUGAAUGAAUCAAUGAAAAGCGAAGAUUCAGUAGUUUUUCCAUGCCCUUCAUGGGAUGAGAAUCAAUUCAGUGUCAAACAAAAGCAGGCUUUUGAAUUUUGUAUGCACAAGUUGGAUUUCAUUUCAAAAGCAUCUAUACACAACAACUCAAAAUCCAAGUCAACCAUUCCCUAA